ACGCGAGGGACCAUGGCGGAGACUAACGACAAGGAGAGCAACCCCAUGAGGGAGAUCAAAAUCGAGAAAUUAGUCUUGAACAUCUCCGUCGGUGAGAGCGGUGACAGGGUCACUCGCGCAGGCAAGGUUCUCCAGCAGUUGACUGAGCAGGAGCCUUGCUACUCCCGCGCUCGUUACACCGUCCGUACCUUCGGUAUCAGGCGUAACGAGAAGAUCGCCACCUACGUCACUGUUCGUGGUGACAGUGCCAAGAAUAUUAUCUCCAAGGGUCUUGCAGUGAAGGAGUUCGAGCUUCGUCGCAGAAACUUCUCCCAGAACGGAAACUGGGGAUUUGGUAUUAACGAGCACAUCGAUCUUGGUAUCAAGUACGACCCCAACGCUGGUAUCUACGGUAUGGACUUCUACGUCAUCAUGAAGAGGGCCGGAGAUCGCGUUGCCAAGCGCAAACUCAGGAAGGGAAGGGUUGGACAACGCCAGCGUAUUUCUAAGGAGGAGGCUAUUGCCUGGUUUGAGAAGGAGUGGAAUGAGGACUUCGCCAAGGUUUUGAACUAAACAAUCAUGCUUUCGUUGUGAGAGCAGAUAUUCAGUAAAAACAGAAAAGCAUGUC